AUGGCCAUCUCUGUUCCCAACUCCUGUAGCCCGACGCGGCUGGCUUUUCUGGACGACAAAGGCGGAAAUCCGCCAAAGCAGAGCAUGUGGCACCGGUUGGGUUUGCGGAAAUUAUGGCAGGGCCGCGACGAUCGAGACACAUCUGCCGGGGAGAGUCAGGACGAGAUUUCUCCCCGCCCUUCUUCUGACAACUCCCGCACCAAACAAGACAACUUGACACGUCGACUUUCGCGAAAAGUUGUCGGUCUACCACGAACCACGCCCUUUAAGCGACAAAGCUCCGAUCUAGAGCGACUGGCUCCUCGGGAACCUGAUCACCGCCGUGCCCUCUCCGCCGACCGCCGCCCCUUGAGUUCCCAGAGAAGCAGGUCUCCACCGCCAACCGUGGGCCCCAGACAGUCCGCGCCCGAGGUUCAGUGGCUCGGCCCGUCACCCACGACCACGAUCGAUGACGCCCCCGAACCAGAACCCGAAACGAACGCCCACGAGAUUAACGAUAUCUCCGAAAUUUCGAACCCUUAUCCCGAAAUGACGGACAACUUCGACGCACCGGAAGAGGAAGAGGAGGAUGAUCACACGAUUGAUUUGGAUUUGGAGCUAGAACAACGGUGGAUUUUGAACUUGAGCAUGCACUUCCGAGAUGGGUCAGAGCGGGAAAAAUUCUUUGUGACGUACGCAGAGACCCCGAAUCGAUGGCGCCGAGUCACGAUUUCCUGCGAUUACCACGAUGCACCACCCUAUUCAUUGGAGCGGGAACUGAAGGACCUGCGGUACCAGCGCGACAAGUGCGCGCGAAUCUACGAAUCCAUUCGCGAGUCCCUUCUCGCGAUUCAAUUCUAUGAAGGAGUCACGAAUCUCAGGCUCGAGACGAGCGAUGGCCGUUUACACGUUCAUGUGACGGAGGACGUAAACGAAACAAUUCCGUACCCGCCCAUUUCCAGUAUCAGGCAUUUGGUCAACGCUCCUAUCAUCCCCGAAGACUCGUUGCACUUCGAAUCUCAUUUAUCCGGCUUUGUUUACAAAAUAAAUCUGGACGGACGAUUUUAUAUCAAGAAGGAAAUACCGGGCCCCGAUACCGUGGACGAGUUCCUCUAUGAGAUUAAUGCUUUGCAUGCGCUGAAAGACCGCCCAAGCGUGAUCCAAGUGGAAGGAAUCGUGAUCGAUGAGUGGCGAGGCGUCGUCAAAGGCUUGCUAAUUAGCUAUGCAGAAAAGGGCGCACUGGUCGACAUUCUGUACGAGCAACGCGGGAGAACGAGCUUUGCCCGACGCGAGCGAUGGGCAAAGCAGAUUGUCCAGGGCCUCUGUGAGAUUCACGAGUCGGGCUACGUCCAGGGCGAUUUCACACUCGCGAACAUUGUGGUGGAUGCAGAUGACAACGCCAAAAUUAUUGACAUCAACCGCAGGGGAUGCCCAGUAGGGUGGGAGCCCCCGGAAAUUGCCGCUAAAAUCGAGAGCAACCAGCGCAUCUCCAUGUACAUUGGAGUCAAAACCGAUCUCUUCCAACUGGGCAUGACGCUGUGGGCAUUGGCGAUGGAGGAGGACGAACCUGAACGACAACCGCGACCUCUUCGACUGGGCGAUGACGCGAAGAUUCCAGACUAUUACCGACGCAUAGUGGAUAUCUGUUUAAGCCCGACUCCGCGACAUAGGCUCUCUGCGAAGGAACUUCUCUCUCUGUUCCCCCCACUGCCGGAGGCACGGGUAUCAACACCUGUUCGGCUAUUGGAGACCCUUGCCAACGAUUCUAGGCACUUGCCAAUUCGGAGUAACUGGGCUCAGCCUCAGCCUGCUGGGCUUGGACUGACAUCGCCGGGGGACAUGAUACAGCGAGACGACCAGUAUUACCCCCAGAAGGAGUUUUCCGGGAACGCCUAUGGUGAUCUGCAGCACCCCAUCUUCUCUGAAAGCCACGACCUCGUCAAGCGAUCAACAAUAACUCUUGCAGAAUCCAAUGGAGACAUAGGAUUCCCAUCUAAGCCAUCUUCUUCCUCUACCUUGAAUCACCACGAACCUCACAACCAUGACGAGUACAUGGACAUAUCCCGCCAUUCCAAUGAUGGCUCAUUACCCUACCUACCCUCCGACAGUCAGAACCCAGAAGCUAUUCCAGUUUCUCAGACAAGGUCAAUGGGCAAUGGUAUCCACAACCACCCAGUGGAACCACCAGCCUUCCCAGAUGAGCCUGUCUAUCUCGAAAGCGCCCCCAUGAAAAAUCAGCAAAAGACAUCCGAUGGGCCGACCCAUAAUAAUGCCCGAGCUUCGGUUGGCUCUGCAAUCACCGCACCUCCACACCCGCUCCAAGUCAGCGAAUCUCUUAUUGAUUCGCAGAAACAGGAGGUUCUAAAUCGACCAAGUCCAAAGGCCGCCAAUGACGAGGGUGGCCUUGAAACUUCAGCUUUGCCCAUCAACCCUACAUUGCGUGACUCCAAUACAUCAAGCAGCAGUCGGACCAUCCCUUUUUUGACAACUCCAUCUUCUUCAUUUAAACAUGGAAAGCAGGACAGUGUGGACCACCCAUGUGCAAAAACCGCCAAUGACGAGGGUGACCUUGAAACUUCAGCUUUGCCCAUCAACCCUACAUUGCGUGACUCCAAUACAUCAAGCGGCAGUCGGACCAUUCCUUUUUCGACAACUCCAUCUUCAUUUAAGCAUGCAAAGCAGGACAGUGUGGACCACCCAUGUGCAAAAACCGCCAAUGACGAGGAUGACCUUGAAUCCUCGGCUUUGCCCCUGAGCCCUACUUUCCGUGACUCUGGGGGUUUUAUUAGCCCUCAGAGCGCCCCUCGAUUGGUAAAAGCAUCUCCUACCGAACCGCCAAAGCAGAAGUAUGCGGAUUUACCAUGCGCAAACGUCGAAAUCAAACCCAAAUUUAUUGAGCCAUCGCCCUCGUCGUCAUGUCUUUCUCUCUCGAAACUACCUAUCAGCCCUACUUUCCGUUCUUCUGAAAAUUCCAUCCACGCCUUGGCUACCACUUCAUCGCUGAACUCUUUGUCUGUUAAACCGCCAAGGCAGGAUAACCUGGAUCAACCACAUGCCAAACCUAUCACCUAUAUCAAGCCUAUACCUACAACACCAUCAGCCUCGACAUCUUCACAACCUCACCCGAAAUCGCAUAUCAAUCCUAUGCUAGCUCGCUCUAGGCCUUCAGUCGAGCUCCCGAGCGCCCCUCGAUCAGUGAGAUAUUCUCCUAUCGAGCCGCCAAAGCAGACUCAUGAGAGUUCACCAUGCGCAAACACCGAUAUUGAACCCAAAUUUACUGAGCCAUCGCCCUCAACAUCAAAUCUGGCCCAUUCGGGAUUGCCUAUCAGCCCAGCCUUCCGUUCUUCCGAGACUUCCAUCGACACUCUAAGUGAGCCCUCAUCACAAGGUCCUUCUCCUAUUGAACCACCAAAGCCGGAGCAUGCGAUUGUGCCACUUGAUAAAGAUACCACACCCAUAUCACCGUCAACACCAUCUCGAUUUUCUUCAAUGCACCUUUCGAGCCUCCGUCACACCGGGGCUUCCAUUGGCUCGCUGGGUACACCUUUCGCAACAAGUCCAUCUGUCGUCGGAAUUGGACUGCUAAGGCGGCCAUGGGAAAAACCAUCUGCAAAUCAUCCAGAUGUCAAACCUGCGUCGACAGUACCAUCACGGUCAGCCCCGUCUCCCGGGGACUCUCGGACUCUAAAGCAGCCAGAGAGCGCUAUUCCGCCGGCCAAAACAUACCCUACCAAACCGCAGAGGAAUGAAGAUUUGGGCCAAUCCAGCCCAAAGGCAGCCGGUAUCAAGCCUGCACAAACAAGUCCAUCGAACUCCAACUCGAAUUUACUUGGUUCGAAGUUGCCUAUUAGCCCUGCUCACCCAAAUUCAAAGUCAAGUUCCACUUAUCCCGAGGUCGAGAUGGCACGCGCUGUUCAUGGACCACCUUCAAGUCAGGCCAAACCGAGCAUUUCGAGCCUGGCACAUUUUUCCUCGAAUCGGACCUAG